UCAGUUUUCCAAGAAACCAGUCACGUACUGAUAGCUGCAGCAUAGCAGUAGCCGCCGUGAUUAGGCACACCAAAUAUCAGCCAUUCCAUCUUUACGCUUACUUGCUCCCUCCCUCCCUCUCUCCCUCUUUACUUUACUUUAUCAUUCACAAUAAACUUAAACUCCAUAACUCACCCGCCAGAUCACUGAAUUGAAAACCUUCAAUUCAAUUCGUUCAAACCAAAAAAAAAAAACUCUGAUAAUCGAUCUGUCUUUCUCCAUUGUUACGUUCCUCAGCUAGCUAGCUUUCCGGCGAUCGAGCUGAGAUCAGAUCAGAUUAUCGGAAUGGAUUUUAUGAGCUACGCUUUUGAAGGAAGCAGUGGCGGCGGUGUUGAAUUAGCAGCAGAAAAUGGAAGACUUGUUGUGAAUGAAAGGAACUUAAAGUCGUCAUUAUUUUCUCAUCAUCAGAUUGAUGACAAUGAAAGCCCUAAUCAUCAUGAAGCCGCGGAGUUUAUGGAAUUCUGUUUGCCGCCGCCGCCUGUUGUAUGUGUUGAUCCUGCAAUGGUGCUGUCGUCGUCGUCGUCUCAUCCGCCUGUAACGGCGGUUUUUGGCCGGAUUCCGGCGGCACCGGACAUGGAAGUUGAAGAACAAGCUUGCAAUUGGCUUCCCCGCUAUCACACAUCGUCGUUCAAUUUGAGAUCAGAACAAACCGAUGAUCAAUCCUUGUUUAAAGGAAAUUUUGAAUCUGCAGCGGCGGCUAUUCCGGUGAACAACAAGAGGUUAGUUGAUUGCCAGAAAGCGAUGAAGAGCGGUCAAAAUUCUUCAAAAGAAAAAUUAUUGGGGGAUUUAUCGUCAUCAAUGGAAGCUGCUACUGGAGAAGCUUCAUCGGCAACAUUAGUGAGAAGGGCGAGAAUCACAAAUAAUUUGAGCAGUUCCCUGCAACACCCUCCUAUCUGCCAAGUUCAUGGUUGUUUCAGAGACUUGAGCUCCUCAAAAGACUAUUACAGAAGGCAUCGAGUCUGUAAUGACCACUCCAAAACUACAAAAGUCAUUGUUGAUGGCAUUGAACAGCGGUUUUGCCAGCAAUGUAGCAGGUUUCAUUUGCUGUCAGAAUUUGAUGAUGAUAAACGAAGUUGUCGCAAGAGCCUUGCAGGCCACAAUGAACGCCGACGAAAGCCUCAAUUUGAUACUCACCAUGGUCCAAGGUUCUUUGAUAUGAUGACCACCUUGCAGACAGAGCCAUAUCUUUUACCAGAAUUACUUCCUGUCAAUUACUUUUGUCAAGACCUAGAGAACACUAGCAACUGCAGGUCCACCAAAAUGGAGGAGAAGCACAUCUCUUUCUCCAAGUUAGGAGUGCAAAAAAAGUCCAAAAAACUCCCAGAAAUCCCUGCCGCAGCUGCAAACAUUCUAACUUCCGAUUGGGAUCUCAGCAAUAAUAACCCUUCGGCGGCGGGCAUAACAACUCCUCUAAGGUGCUUCACAUCAAACCAGUUGUGCUCUGGAGUCCUUGAAAUGGAAGGCUAUGAUGCUGUUGAUGAUGGCAACAUGAUGAGCGUUUAUUAUGAAGCUGAAAUGGAUGAAAACUCUGAAUCUGCAGAAAAUGGUACGACCAUUGAUUUGGAGCAGUUGUCAACCCAUCUCCAAAGGGUGGAACACCAAAGAAAUUUAUCUGCUCCUCAAACCAAGGUGCAGGAGAGUAAUCUCUUCUACUGCUUUACUAGCGGGUAACGUAACCUACCUAUCAUGAUUUUGGAUUUGGAAUGUCUAUUUUUACUCUAAAAGCACACAUGCAUGUAUGUUUUGGUAUAGAUGAGCUCAACAUAUAUAACCCUUAUGUAUACCAGUUGGAAAAUUUACUAUGGCAUCAAACACUCAUCUAGCUAGAUGCCUAUACUAAGAGAAGAAAUUAAGGGCAUUAUACUAGUAGGCAUGAAUACAAGUUAGGUAAGUGUAUUCUUUGAUUUGUUGAUUCCUAUUAUAUUUUGUAUAUCAUCAUUUGAUCAUAUACAUAUACAAAGGAUAAAAUACAUACUAUGAAGUAUGGGCCGGGAUGUCAUGCUUUAUUUUGUAAUAAUUUGCAAAAUGUACCUUUGUCCAUGAGCAGCUUUAUGUGAAGAGUAUAUAUAUAUAUAUAUAUAUAUAUGGUAUCAU